AUGACCCGCGAAAAAUGGCGGCGGUGGUGCUGGCUUGCGCUGCUGCUAUGCCCUGGCAGCAGCAGCAGCAGCAGCAGCAGCAGCAGCAGCAGCAGCAGCAGCAGCAGCAGCAACAGUAGCUUUUGCACCGCCUGCAGCAGCAGCAGCAGCAGAAAGAUCAGCAGCAACGGCAACCGCGGAAUCAGCAGCAACGGCAGCAGCACCAACAGCAGCAGCAGCAACAGCAGCAGCGGCGGCGGCGUCUUUAACAGUCUUAACACCAUCAGCAGCAGCAGCAGCAGCAGGAUCAGCAGCAGCAGCAGCACCAGCAGCAGCAGCAGCAGCAGCAGCAACUUCAACCAUCUUGCCACGAAUCUCCUAGCUGUUUUAUGUAUCGCUGCCCUUUUGCUGCAGCAAAUUAAAAGGGACACCGUGCAGCAGCAGCAACAGCAGCAACAGCAGCAACAGCAGCAACAGCAGCAGCAGCAGCAGCAGCAGCAGAUGCUGCAGCAUUUGUAG